AUGCCUGCACAAUUCGAGAACCUCAGCGACGACCUCAUCUGGGAGGUUACCCGCAGCCAGAAUGCCUUCCUCGUGAAGCGCAAGGGUGCUGGCGGCGUCCAAUUCUCUCGCGACCCGCUCAACCUUCUCAACAAGCACUCGCGAAAGUACUCCGGUUACGCCAACUCCCAGGCCAUCGGUGUUCAAGCCGACUCCAACACCAUCGCCCUCACCACCAAGCUCCCUAAGCAAGCCUCGCGCCCGGCCAAGAACUACCACGUCAGCUCCUUCAGCUCCUCGACCCCCACCCGCAAGCUCUACGUCGGCAUCGUCAACAGCACCGCGAAGAAGGGCUACCGCGCCGAUCUCCGCCAGGCCGCCGUCGCCCGUGCCAGCGCCGUCCGACGGAGCCAGCGCGAGCUCACACGAAAGGAGCCCGUCCGCAAGCCCCGCGGCAAGAAGGCCCAGAAGGCCGCCGAGGAGUCAUCUUAG